AUGGAUGUUCAAACGCAGGAAAAAGAACGCUUCGUUUUCGAGCAAGUAGUGCUCAACAUGAAAAAUUACAAAAGAACGAUGAAUGCUAAAAUCGACCGCAACAUCGUCAACUUCAAUAAACUCCCAGAUUCUCACAAGAAACUUCUGCCAAAUCGCGAAAAAUACUUUGACGAUCAGAAAAUGGCAGUUUUUCAAAAUCAGGAAAUUCUGAAGCUAAUUUUGGAGGAUUGUGAAGAAAACUUUGGUUUUAAAAUAACUGGAUCAGCAAUAAAAGGUUUUCAAGACUCGGCAGCACGAACGAGUGGUGACAACGCUGAAACAAAUCAUGCGUGA